GAGGAGGGUGUGAAGGCCAGGACUUUAGCAGGGAUCCGGAAAGAGCCAGAUAGAUUCACGGAGAACCAGAAGCCUACCUCAGAGGAGAUCCUGCUGAUUGCAGAGCAGCUGAACAUGGAGAAGGAGGUGAUCCGCGUCUGGUUCUGCAACCGCCGCCAGAAGGAGAAACGCAUCAACCCCUGCAGCAGCAGCCCCAUGCUGCCCACCCAGGGCAAGCCCCCUGGAUACGGCCCCCACAUGGUGCCGAGUCCAGGCCCCGGCGUGAAUCUCCCGCUCUCUCAGGCUUCCAGCAGUCUGAGCACAACAGUGACUACCUUGUCCUCGGCGGUCGGCCCCCUG